AUGGGUCAACUAAGCACGUACUUUGUUCGUAAAGAGACCAAAGUGAUAGGAAUAGAAGACUUAGCAGAUCUGAUUGUCAAUGCAAGAUAUAUCGUUGCGGUGACUGGCGCUGGGGCGUCUGCUGAGAGUGGAAUUCCUACAUUUCGAGAUCCGUCUGAUGGAGUUUGGGCGAAACACAGUCUUGUUGAUUGUGGAACUAUUUGGGGAUUCAAGCGGUAUCCCGUCAAGCUCUGGAGUUUGCUUUCUGAGUUUCUGGGGACGCUUGAUCCGAAACCAAAUGGAACGCAUUUUGGACUGACGAAGCUUGAAGCAAUCGGAAAACUGAAAUGCAUCGUCACUCAGAAUGUGGAUCACCUUCAUCAAGAGGCAGGAAGUCAAAAUGUUGUUGAGUAUCAUGGAACACUGAUGGAGUCUGUGUGUCUAAAAUGUGGAAAAAUAGAACCCCUCGAUAAAGCGGUCGUUGCUUCAGCAUCAUUUCGGGACAAGUUGCCACCCCCAUCAUGUGAACCGCCUCAGGUUGUCGGAACGAGCGCCAAUGUUGUUCCUGCUUGCAAUGUUCCAUGGGAUGCUUACAAAAAUGGGGCAAAAAUCGUUGAGGUGCGUCUUCCAGAUUGA